CUCCCGUCGCUUCACAUAUAAUACGACCUGCGUCCCUCAGCGGUCGCUGGCAGCCGAGGUGCGACGGCUCAAGGGGCUCUGGCGGUUCUACACCUGGUUCUUCCUCGUGACCCUGGUGGGCACGCUGCACUCGAUGGUGGUGGACCGGCACUCGGCGGUGACGCGCUGGAUGUAUGCGGCGGGCGGCAGCGCGCUCCGCUACUCGCGCCUCGUCCUCGACUUCUACACGAUGCUGGCCUUCCUCGCGGCCUACUACCGCCUGCUGCACCUCAUGCUCACGCUGUACCGGCUGAGCAGCGCGCUGUACCGGGAGCUGGGGCGGCGGCUGCGGGCGGCCGGGGGCGCGCACCACCUACGCUGGGCCGUGGCGCUGCACGCGCGCCUGGACGCGACCUGGCGCAGCACCCGCGCCAUGUUGGGCCUGCUGCUGCCCCUGUACCUCAUCGUGCCGCUGCUGCUGCCGCUCUUCAGCUCCGCCGAGCUGGUCGUGUUCGGGCUGCAGGCCGCGGACCCCGUGGCGCUCGCCACCUGCCCGCUCAUCGUGGUCGCCUUCGUGCCGCAGUGCCUGGCCGGGCAGCGCCUCCUGGACGCCAGCACCGGCGUGGCCCUCAGCGCGUACUGCGGGCCCUGGCUGGAGGAGGCCGUCCCCGAGCGCCGGAUCCGGCUCAUGGUCAUCGACACGCGGCCCCAGGGCGUCCCUGUGCCGGGCCUCGGCGGACUGAGCAGGCCAACCUGCCUCAACGCCAUGCGGAAGUGGUUUCAAUACGUGCAGGUGCUGCUCAACUUCGACAGCUCGCUGUAGGACACAGGCGUCAGCGGCCGCAGAGACGCUGAACCGCAAGUUGACCGACCAACAGCGGACAAGAAAUAAAUUACCUCUA